AUGGUUGAUAAAGGUGCAAAAUAAGUUGACAUCGAUGUAGAUAGCAUCAUCGAAAAGCUUAUUGCUUGUAAGGAAUACAAGCCAGGUAAAUAGGCAAGUAUGACAGAAUAAGAAAUAAGAGGUUUGUGCAUAAAAGCUAGAGAAAUUUUCAUUAAUUAACCCAUUCUCCUUGAGCUCGAAGCACCACUAAAAAUUUGCGGUGAUAUUCACGGACAAUAUUAUGAUUUGCUUCGUCUCUUCUAAUACGGCCAUUAUCCUCCCGAUACUAACUAUUUAUUCUUAGGUGAUUAUGUUGAUAGAGGUAAAUAAAGUUUAGAAACAAUAGCUCUUUUACUUGCAUACAAAAUAAAAUAUCCUGAGAACUUCUUCUUACUGAGAGGUAAUCAUGAAUGCGCAUCAAUUAAUAGAAUCUAUGGUUUCUACGAUGAAUGUAAAAGAAGAUACAAUAUAAAGCUUUGGAAGACUUUCACUGACUGCUUCAACUGCUUACCUGUUGCUGCAGUUAUAGAUGAAAAAAUCUUCUGUAUGCAUGGUGGUUUAUCUCCUGAACUUACUAAUCUUGAAUAAAUCCGUCGUAUUAUUAGACCCACUGAUGUUCCCGAUACUGGUUUAUUAUGCGAUUUACUUUGGAGUGAUCCUGAUAAAGAUGUAUAGGGUUGGGCAGAAAAUGAAAGAGGUGUUUCUUAUGUAUUUAGUCCAGAAAUAGUAUCAGUAUUCCUGAAAAAGCAUGAGUUAGAUUUGAUAUGCCGUGCACAUUAGGUUGUAGAAGAUGGAUAUGAAUUCUUUGCUAAAAGAUAAUUAGUAACCUUAUUCUCAGCUCCUAAUUAUUGUGGUGAAUUUGAUAACGCAGGUGCUAUGAUGACUGUAGAUGAAACUUUGAUGUGUUCUUUCUAAAUUUUGAAACCUGCUGAUAGCAGAACUACUGGAUAAGCUGGCAGACCUUAUACUCCUCCUAAAAGCAAGUGA